AUGGAUGUACCAGUGUACCUUGAACUGUUCGGAGGAACUUCACUCUCUUCUCCUCUUUUAUUCUUUUCUCUUUUUCCACCUUUUAUAAACUUUAUUCGUGAUGUCUAACCUCCGCUCCGCCCCUGCGGCCUUCAGGCGACUGUUGCGCCGUAAAGACUCGGGAAAGUGCGUCAGUCUUUCGUGUUUUGACGCAAACUUUUUGUUCCUCCGUUCGUCCUCUGCUCUGUCGAGCUCGAGCUCGGACCGUCACAACCGAACCAGGUCCAGGUGUUACACGAGUCCUGCCCGGACCACACCGGUACGGAUCGGCUGUGCCUCCGGGUUCUGGGGGGACACGGCGACCUCAGUGCCUCAGUUGAUCUACAGUGGGAAGCUGGACUUCCUGGUGUUUGACUACCUCAGUGAAAUCACCAUGUCACUGCUCACUGCUGCCAAAUCCAAAAUGCCUAACAUGGGUUACGCUCCAGACUUCGUCCAGGUGGCGCUGGCUCCGUUUAUGAAUGACAUCCACAGGAAAGGUAUCCGUGUCGUGAGCAACGCGGGAGGCGUGAACCCGCUGGCCUGCGCCGCAGCCAUACAGGAAGUCAUCAAGAAGGCGGGCGUCGACCUCAAAGUCGCCGUGGUGACUGGCGAUGACCUCAUGCCCCAUAGAAGCAGCUUCACUGAAGUUAAGAUGGCCGACGACGGCGGCAGACGACGACCGUUACCCAAGACACUCCACAGCAUGAACGCCUACCUCGGGGCCACUCCGAUCCAGCGUUGUCUGGACCUCGGCGCUGACAUCGUGGUGACAGGACGUUGCGUGGACAGCGCUGUCGCUCUGGGGCCGCUCAUGCACAGCUUUGGGUGGGAGAAACACAACUAUGACCUACUUGCAGCGGGGAGUCUUGCAGGUCACCUGAUCGAGUGUGGCGCUCAGAGCACAGGUGGGAUCUUCACUGACUGGCACAAAGUUCCUGAUUGGGACAACAUGGGUUUCCCGGUGGUGGAAUGUUCCAGUGACGGCGCCUUCGUUCUCUCCAAACCUCCGAAAACCGGCGGCCUGGUCUCCAUCGGCACGGUCGCCGAGCAGCUGGUGUACGAGAUCAGCGACCCGCGGCGUUACCUGCUGCCUGACGUCGUCUGUGACUUCAGCCGCGUCGUCAUCAAGCAGAUACCAGGUGUAGAGGGAGGUGCCGUCAGAGUGACCGGGGCGAAAGGCCUCGCUCCGUCACAUGACUACAAGGUUUGUGCGACCUACAUGGACGGGUUCAGGGCGACGGCCGUGUGUCCAGUGGGAGGACCGCGAGCGGCGGAGAAGGCGAGGAGGACGGCGGACAGCAUCGUCAAACGAACAAAGAGAAUGUUCAAACAGCUGGGAUUAGAAGAUUUCAGUUCCGUCAACGUCCAGGUCCUUGGAACUGAAGACACUUAUGGUCCCAACGCUCACACCAAGGGCUGUAGAGAGGCAGUGCUCUGGUUGGCCGUCCACCACAAACAGAAGAAAGCUCUGGAGCUCUUUGCCAGAGAAGUUGCUCCUGCAGGGACCGGCAUGGCGCCUGGACUCACUGGCAUCGUGGGUGGACGUCCUCGAGUGUCUCCUGUCCUGAAGCCCUUCUUCUUCCUACACCCCAAAUCAGACCUGAAGGUGGACAUUCACGUUGGCGGGGAGUUGGUCGAGACGCUUUCGGAGGCGGGGCCAGACACACCAGAUCAGGAGGCCCCUCCCACCCAAGCAGAGGAGGAGCCUGACACAGAUCUGCCAAGUGGACCACACAGCUACAGGCUGGAGGAGCUGGCCUUCACCAGGAGCGGAGACAAAGGAGACUCUGCCAACAUCGGUGUAGUUGCUCGUCAUCCUCUCUUCUUCCCGUACCUGAAGAAGCACCUGACGUCUUCUGUGGUGGAGGAAUAUUUCUCACACGUCAUCGAGCCGGGAGUCGACAACGCCGUCACUCGAUACACUCUGCCGGGGAUCCACAGCCUCAACUUUGUCCUGCGCAAUUCCCUGGGUGGAGGAGGGGUAGCGUCCUUACGCAGCGACCCCCAGGGUAAGUCCUUUGGUCAGAUGCUGCUGGACGUGAAGCUGCGAGGACUGCCCGACCUCAAAUCCCUGGUGGACUGAGACGCCGGGAGGGGGGGGCGGACAGAGAACGCCUCGGUGCGGGGAGCGUUCUGGAGACGAACGUGAGAAACCUCCGUCACUCGCGGUGUCACGUACUGUACGAGGGAAAAUAAGCCAAACAACGGGAAACACAUUAUACUGUUUAAGUGGGACAAGUCAAGUUCACACCACUCACCCCUUCACUCACUCACUCACCCACUCACUCAUAGCAAAGCCUUUAUGAUCUGCACAACACAUGAGAUUUGGCACAGACUCACAGGAUUUAACCACAACCCAAAAAACAAGAGGGGCUGCAUCCAGGAAACUGUCAGUUUAAAAAAGAAAAAAAACAUAAAUAACCUUUAUGAGGAAAGUCUGAGCGUAUGUUCGUCUACGAUCUGGAAACAACAAGCGCUCUGAGCGGCUCUGCGGUCAAACAGGAGGGUUUUGGUGGUUCACCAGAACAACUGUCGUCACCCACUUCCUCUGUUAACCUCCAGAUGUUUGAGAGUAAGAAAGAGGCUCAUUCAACCUCGACUGGAAACAGACACAGAGGAGGAGGUGAAACUGUCGGCUCAAUGAAAUCACACACUCACACACCUCAGCUUCUGCCCGGUUUUUACUUUGAAAAGUCCUCGCUGGUUGCUAUGGUGAUGCCUGGAAACAUCUCUGCUGCUCCUGUUUUAGUUUAAAGUCUUGUGAACAAAGUGAGACCUUUAUUUUGAAAAGAACGUGGUUGUAUUUUUGUUUGGUUGAACAGAAACUUUCUAAACGAUAUUGUUGCGUAUCGGUGGGUUGCACAGGAUUUAUUUUGAAAACCACAGGGCUGUGCUUUGGCGUGGAUUCACAGAAAAUUAUACUUUUAUUUUGAAAACUGCAGUUGUGUAUUAGUGGGCAUGUACAGGAACAGACUUUAACUUUGAAAAACUAAUGUUAGUGUGGAUGAACAUAAACUGACACCUUUAUUUUGAAAACUCAAGGUUUGCCUUUUAGUGUGGCCAUAUAGAAACUUUUGAAAACUGUGUGGUGUGCUUUAGUAUGGAUGCACAGAAACUGAAACUUUUAUUUUGAAAACUGUGUGGUUAUAUUUUAGUGUGGAUGCACAGAAACUUUUAUUUUGAAAAUAGCGUAUUUGUGUUUUAGCCUGGAUGCACAGAAACAAACUUAUUUUGCAAAAUGCAGUUUUGUGUCUUAGUGUGGGCGUGCAGAAACUAAAACUUUUAUUUUGGAAACCGCGGGGUUGUGUGUUCUGCAGUUUUGUGUUUUAGUGUGGAUCAGCAGAAGCUACAGCGUCGGGAUGACCACACACUUGCAUUAAAAGUUCUGGCCGCUUUGUCUUCUGCUCGUUAUUUUGUUCGUAUUUGAUUGCGAGGUUUUGUUUGCGUUGACAAACGUCCUUUUUCAUCACAUCGUGAAGAACUGCUAACAUCUACUUAGCGGUUUCCCGCUUCCUCUGCGACGUGCUGAGUGUGUCGGGCGACGUCUUCGUUUCCGCUGUGCGUCACACGGUCAGAAUCUGGAAUUGAACUCCUUCCUUCACUCGCUUCAGGGGGAACCACCUCUGACCUCUGACCUCCCUCAGAAAGAGAGUGGUGGUUUGGGUUUCCCCCACAGUUUCCGCUCCGUCGUGGUCAGAUUAUCAGGAGACGCGGGCUCGGCAGUCGCAGGUUGAACGGACUCCUUUCUCCUCCCCCCUCCCCCUCCCCGUUCACCUCGACACGACCAGGCUCCGACGUUCCGCAGGAAUGUUCCACCAAACCCCGACUCCGUGGCCUCGAGUCUGUUUGUCUCUAAUUACAAACAGGCUGAAGCUGCAGACGCUCAGCAGCUUCUGUCAGGGACGAAAAACUCGUCUCCUCCUCCAAUUAUUUCCCCCAGAAAGUCGUCUUUCUUGCUCUCUUUCUUGUCUUUUAUCCUCCCCUCAUUUAGACGUGCGGACUCUGUUUUUUGUUGAACUUUUGACACAAACUUUUUCGUCAAACAAUUAAAUCCAGACGAAAAACGGGAACCACAUCAGUCGCCUUCCCCGAAACAAUAAAUAAACAAGAGUUUUUCUUUUUAAGAGACGUUCAAAGACUCGUGAGAACAAGAACGCACAAAAAUUGAAAAAGUGACAAAAUUGAAAACAGAGCUGUGUGAGUUUGUAACUGUAAAACGUCGGGUUUUUACAAAUCUCACCCAUUUGUCGAUGCUGCAAAGUUUUCUUCGGAACCCCAAAUUGAAAGAAAUGACGUCACCGUUUUUGUUUUGUUAUCAUUUUUACAUGGAAAUACACAAAUGAGAAGAUUCACAUGUGUCCAGCACAUCCUGCGAAGAUUCCCACAAAAUAUUUUCCCUAAUUAUUUACAGAAAUGCUUUGUCAUGAUGGAACAACGCAAAAAAGAAUUAUUUAAAUAUGUGUUGUUGUCUAACACAUUUGUUUGUGGCGACAUUAUUGUCGUCAACACUUUAGUCAUUAAAAGUCUCUGAAAUGCUUAAGAAAAACAAAAAAAAUGGUUCCCAGAUUUGUACCCUGAGGCACCCCAGAGUAAUAUCUGGUUUGUAAAUUCAAAACAAAUUGACCUACAAUUGUGCAAAUCCCAUUUGUAUUUUUUGAGACCAUUUGUAUUAAUUCGUAAUUUUUAGGAUUAAAAAAAAAUCCUAAAAGUAUUUUUUAGUUGUUGAGAUUUGGACCAAAUAUGUAAAAAAAAAUCUCAUAUUUUUUUAAUCAAAAAGAAAAAACAAGCAUUUAUUCAAGUUACGCAAAGAAGCCGUGACGAUGCAUCUGUUCUUUUUCAUUAUUAUUAUUAUGAACAUCGGUGCAACCAAAUCAGUUUCUUUUUUUUCCAAGUUGCAGUCGAACAUAUCUUGUCAAACUCUGAUAUCAUAUCACAGAAAAUGUAAUUAACAUUGGUGUCAAAUUUCACGCUAAUCUGUCCAGUCAUCGUUCAGAUCUGUGUAAAAAGGUAAUAGCCCCAGAAUCGAGCCUUGUGGAACCCCACAUAAUUUUUUCCUUUGUCUUAAGUUUUUUCCCAAGUUGCACAAAAAUGCAGUCGAACAAAUCCUCGUCAAAGUCUGAUAUCAUAUCACAGAAAAUAUAAUAAACAUCAGUGACAAUUUUUCACGCAUAUCCACAUGGAUUGUUUUAAAAUAGGGGAAAAAAAGCUUUGAUACAUGAAUUGAGCCUUGUGGAACGCCAGAUCUUUUUUUUCUCUUUUUUUGACAGUUGCUAAACAGAAAAUGUAAAAAAAAAAAGAAAAUGUUGCCAAAUUACGGAGCAGGACGGAUCCUCUGUUCUUUCAUUUUUAAGGAAUUACUGUGACAGCCUGAGCCACAUUUCAUGGUUGUUGCAAUGGUGAGCCUUGUGGGAUGCAGAAAAUAUAUUAAACCUUGGUGUCAAAGUUCACACUAAUCCGUCCAGUCGUCGUUCAGAUCUGUGUAAAAAUGUAUAAAGAAAAAAGGUGACGGUCCCAGAGUUGAGCCUUGUGGAACACCAGCCCUUUAAAAACAGUUAAACAAACCUGUGGUGAGUUCACAAACUAAUUCCUGCAUCUCCGACUAAUUCAAUUGUGACAAGAUCAAAACAUUUAAAAGGUACAGUUUUUCCUCAGGAUGUGACGUGAUUUAAACCCCAAAGCCUUACUGUGGACCCACAUGUACACCGUGGAGUUCAUUUGCCUCCUUUUUCUUUUCUUUCUUUUUAAAACAACAUAUAGAAUCAGAGAGGUUGUCAUUAAAUAAGUUUACCACUAAAAGCAUUAAAACAGGACGAACUCAGUGUGUAAUAUUGUAAAUUCUAAAAUGAAGAGAUUAAAGAUAUUUGUACAAUUA